GGCUUCAGUCCCCUGUACAUGGCAGCACAGGAGAACCACUUGGAAGUGGUGAAAUAUCUACUUGAACAUGGAGCCAAUCAGAGCCUUCCAACUGAGGAUGGUUUUACUCCUCUGGCAGUAGCACUUCAGCAGGGCCAUGAGAACGUGGUUGCCCUCCUGAUAAACUAUGGCACCAAGGGCAAAGUGCGCCUUCCAGCCCUACACAUCGCAGCACGCAAUGAUGACACACGCACUGCUGCUGUAUUGCUGCAGAAUGACCCCAAUCCAGAUGUCCUGAGCAAGACUGGCUUUACUCCCCUCCACAUCGCAGCCCAUUACGAGAAUCUCAGUGUCGCACAGCUUUUGUUAAACAGAGGAGCCAAUGUGAACUUUACGCCUAAGAACGGCAUCACUCCGUUACAUAUCGCUUCCAGGAGAGGGAAUGUGAUUAUGGUGCGACUUCUAUUGGACAGAGGUGCUCAAAUAGAUGCCAAGACUAAGGAUGAGUUGACACCGCUGCAUUGUGCAGCCAGAAAUGGCCAUGUACGUGUUGUGGAGAUCUUGCUAGACCAGGGCGCUCCCCUUCAGGCAAAGACCAAGAACGGUCUAUCUCCCAUCCACAUGGCAGCGCAGGGCGAUCAUAUGGACUGCGUGAAGCAGCUGCUGCAAUACAAUGCAGAGAUCGAUGACAUCACAAUGGAUCACCUAACCCCUCUGCAUGUGGCAGCACACUGUGGUCACCAUCGUAUGGUUAAAGUGCUGCUCGACAAGGGGGCAAAAGCAAAUGCCCGGGCUCUGAAUGGGUUUACCCCAUUGCACAUUGCCUGCAAGAAGAACCACAUGCGGUCCAUGGACCUUCUGCUCAAGCACUCAGCAUCUCUGGAGGCCGUGACUGAGUCGGGUCUAACCCCACUUCAUGUGGCUGCUUUCAUGGGGCAUCUUAACAUAGUGAAGAAUCUGCUUCAGAGAGGAGCUUCACCCAACGCAUCUAAUGUGAAAGUGGAGACCCCACUGCACAUGGCUGCCAGGGCGGGACACUGCGAGGUGGCUCAGUUCCUGUUACAGAACAAUGCACAGGUGGAUGCUAAAGCAAAGGAUGAUCAGACGCCCUUGCACUGUGCUGCUCGAAUGGGACAUAAGGAGUUGGUGAAGCUGCUCAUGGAGCAUAAGGCCAAUCCAGACUCGUCUACCACGUCAGGUCACACUCCUUUGCACAUCGCCGCCCGUGAGGGACACACCCAGACCACACGCAUCCUGCUUGACGGGAACGCACAGCAAACCAAAAUGACCAAGAAAGGAUUUACCGCUCUUCAUGUAGCAUGUAAAUACGGUAAAGUAGAUGUGGCAGAGCUGCUUUUGGAAAGAGGGGCAAAUCCUAAUGCAGCUGGAAAGAAUGGAUUGACCCCGCUGCACGUGGCCGUCCAUCACAACAACCUUGAUGUAGUCAAGCUGCUGGUCAGCAAGGGCGGCUCUCCGCACAGCACCGCGAGAAACGGCUAUACAGCCCUGCAUAUCGCAGCCAAGCAGAACCAACUAGAAGUGGCGAGCAGCCUGCUGCAGUAUGGAGCUAAUGCCAACUCAGAGUCACUGCAGGGCAUCACCCCACUUCACCUGGCCUCACAAGAGGGGCAACCCGAUAUAGUGGCACUGCUCAUCUCCAAACAGGCCAAUGUUAAUCUGGGCAACAAGAAUGGGCUGACACCUCUGCACCUGGUUGCUCAGGAAGGGCAUGUGGGCAUAGCAGAUAUGCUGGUGAAGCAAGGUGCCUCAGUCUAUGCAGCCUCAAGGAUGGGCUACACACCCUUACAUGUGGCUUGUCACUAUGGUAACAUAAAGAUGGUGAAGUUCUUACUUCAGCAGCAAGCCCACGUUAACAGCAAGACCAGAACAGGAUAUACACCUUUACAUCAAGCUGCUCAGCAGGGUCAUACAGACAUCGUCACCCUGCUGUUGAAACAUGGAGCCCAGCCCAAUGAAAUCACCACUAACGGUACAUCACCUCUGGGCAUCGCUAAGCGGCUAGGCUACAUCUCUGUCAUUGAUGUGCUGAAACUGGUGACUGAAGAAUCAGUAUCUGUGAUAACCACUGAGAAGCAUCGCAUGAGUUUCCCGGAGACGGUGGAUGAAAUACUGGACGUGUCUGAGGAUGAAGGAGUUGCUCAGCUAACAUUAGGGGAUGAACUUCUUGGGAUGGAUGGAGCACGCUACUUGAAGCUGGAUGACCUGAAAGACCAGGAUGAUGAUUUUCUGUCCCCCAAGAAAACCAUGAGAGACUUUGAGAGUGGCAUGGGCACAACACCUUACUCGCCAGCAAUUCCCAGAAUACCAUGUGUGUCACCUGAAACUGUCAUGCUUGACCAGCAUACACCUGUCCCUUUGCCAAAGGAGUAUGAUGAAGACUCUCUAAUCCCCAGUAGUCCAGCCACAGAGACCUCAGACAACGUUAGCCCAGUGGCCAGCCCCAUCCACACUGGGUUUCUGGUCAGCUUUAUGGUGGAUGCCAGAGGCGGGUCAAUGCGUGGCAGCAGACAUAAUGGUCUGCGUGUAAUCAUCCCACCACGCACCUGUGCCGCCCCCACACGCAUCACCUGCCGUCUGGUUAAACCGCAGAAACUAACCACACCACCUCCUCUGGUGGAGGGAGAGGGGCUCGCAUCUCGUAUUAUCUCAAUGGGGCCUUCCAGUAUGCAGUUCCUCGGGCCAGUGAUAGUGGAGAUCCCUCACUUUGCGUCUCUGAGUCGGGGUGAUCGGGAACUUGUAGUUCUGCGAAGUGAGAAUGGCUCCGUCUGGAAAGAGCAUCGUAAUCGACAUGCCGAUGACGUGCUGGAGCCCAUCCUUAAUGGCAUGGAUGAAGAUCUGGAAAGUCAGGAAGAGCUGGAGAAGAAAAGAAUCCGCCGCAUCAUCUCCACAGACUUCCCUCUCUACUUUGCUGUUGUGUCACGUGUCCAGCAGGAGAGCGAUCUUAUUGGCCCAGAAGGAGGUCAGCUAAUGAGUAAGCUGGUGCCCCAGGCCCAGGCCAUUUUCCCAGAGACGGCGGUCACCAAGAGGGUUCGACUUGGUCUGCAGGCCCAACCAAUCCCUGAUGAGCUGCUGACUCGCCAAUUAGGAAACCAGGCCACGUUCAGCCCCGUCGUGACAGUAGAGCCUCGACGACGAAAAUUCCACCGGCCAAUUGGGCUCCGUAUCCCUUUACCACCAUCCUGGAGGGAGAGUUCACGCGAUGCUGGCGAGGGUGACACUACAAGCCUGCGCCUCCUCUGCAGUGUUAUUGGUGGCACCGCCCCCGCUCAGUGGGAAGACAUCACUGGCACUACCAAGCUCAUGUAUUCCCACAACUGUGCCAACUUUACCACCAAUGUGUCCGCAAGGUUCUGGCUGGCAGACUGUCCACGGACGGCGGAGGCUGUGACCUUUGCCAACCUGCUGUACCGUGAGCUGAUGUCAGUGCCGUACAUGGCCAAAUUUGUGGUAUUUGCUAAGAUGAACGAUGCCAGAGAGGGCCGUCUGCGCUGUUACUGCAUGACCGAUGACAAAAUAGACAAAACCCUAGAGCUGCAUGAGAACUUCACAGAAGUGGCACGCAGCAGGGACAUUGAGGUGAUGGAGGGGAUGCCACUGCACUUAGAAUGUUCUGGAAACCUGGUGCCAGUGAGAAAAGCCACCCAACAGCCUCGUAGCUUUAGUUUUCAGGCCUUCAGAGACAACCGGCUACCUGUCUCUGUUAAGGUGAGAGACGGCAAUAAGGAAGCCACUGGGUUCCUAUCCUUUCUACGCAAAUCCACCAAAUACGAGGACGUGCAGCACGUGCUGUGUAACCUCAACAUCACCAUGCCUGCCUGUGUCAAGAUGGUGGGUAGUGACGAACGCCGGAGAACAUUGACCCCUCUCGCUCUGAGAGAGAGGUACAGCGUUCUGAAUGAGCCUGCUCUGGCCACAGUGAAUGCCAUGGAGAGAACUGAGCUAAAGAUUGCACAAAUAUCAGAACAGCUUGGACUGAGCUGGACUGAGCUGGCAAGGGAGCUGCAGUUUAGUGUGGAUGAUAUAAACAGGAUAAGAGUGGAGAAUCCCAACUCCCUCCUGGACCAGAGUUCAGCUCUUCUCAACCUGUGGGUCAGCCGAGAGGGAAAGAAGGCCAAGAUGGAGAAUUUGUAUGGAGCUUUAAAGAACGUUGACCGGUCAGACAUUGUGAAGUCUCUGGAAGCCCAGGCUCCUCAGGCGGUUCCUGAGGUGGUGGAGGAAGGAGCCUGCAGAUUGGCUGAUCGCAACUCCACUCUGCUUUCCCCUAAUGUCAUCAAUGGUUACGGGCUGGUGCAAGAGGAGCUGCUCUCCCCCGCUUCUAUGCAGUAUAGCCUGCCCUCCCCACUGGGCAUUGAGCCCUACUGGCAGGAGGUAUCCAGCCUGGAGUGUGCUCCUAUCGCCACCACUGAGGAGGACACCAUGAUGGAGAUGUCAGAUGUGCAGGUGUGGCCAGCAGGGGUCAGUCCAUCCCUGGUAACUGUUGAGGACUCGUCUCUGGACGGUAGCAGCCGUGCAGAUGAUUCGGAGGGCAACACAUUGAGUCUGCCCUGCAGUAGCUUGGGGAGACCCAGCAGUGGAGCCAGCGGGGCAAGUGGUUCUAUCAUGGAGCUGGAGGAGGAGGAGGAGGAAGAGGAGGUUGAUGAAGAUGACUUACAGCAUGAGCCGGUGUCCGGGAUCGCAGAAAAAGCGUGGGCCAGUGGCGCUGUCCCAAAGGCCAACUACAAUGGGCAGGCUGGAGGUCAGAGGUCGGAGGGGAAGAGGACAGAGGUGGUGGCGGGCUGCAGUGUGACAGGUGUAGCUAGAGGAGGAGGAAAAGGUGGAAAAGGGGCAAGUUCAGAGGAAACGUUUUCUGUUCUUACAGGGCAACAGAUCUACGCUCAGUUGUGUGAGAGAACUGGACUGAUGCGAGCGCUUGAACACAAUGGAGACAGGCUUGGUGGGGAGGCCUUCCAGCCUUACUCCCAGGAGAAAGAAGGCUUUGCUGACUCCCUCCACAGCUGGUCCCAACCCAAAUCAAGACAGACCAUGGAGGCCAUGAUGUCACCAUCCCAGGAACACAAUCAGUCAUGUGUAGUACAGGAGGCCCUGCUUACACCGAAAGAUGAUUCAAUAGAUCUCACCGGUGAUCAUCUACAUGAAGAGCAAUUUGCAGAUGAGCACGGGAAAGUUGUAAGCAAGUUGGGAGUGGAUGUGAAGAGGGAUGUUCAGGCUGUGAAGCGCUCCAGUUUUAAAAGAGUAAAGCACUGAAUCUAACGCAUUCUGUCCUGAAGAGUCGGACAUCCACUGCCAAACCAUCCUUCAUCUGCGCAUGACUGGACAGGACUGGAUUAGACAGGACAAAACAUGGAGCGAUAGGAAAAAACAAAAUGACAGGAGGGAAAACAUUGAAAACUCCACAUACAAUCCAAAAGCACCAAGAAACCAUGGAGCAUCACUGGAACGAAAAGGAGUUCUACCUGUAGUUUUGUAUCAUUUUUAACAGAAAAACUAUACGACUAACUUAGGGCAUGAACUUUUCGUAUAAAACGUAAAGAAAAUGACCAAAAAAAGCAUCAAAAAGUGCUUCCUGUCAACUGUAAACGCAUGACUGACUGCUGGUGCAUGACCUAUGAGCUGUCAUUAUCUAAAAAAAAAAGUGAAGGGGUACAAGGUAAAGGGCCGUUCCAGGACUGGGUGCAGGGGGCAAACACACGGACCUUUUAUCUUGAAACAAAAGGGGCUCUUGAAAAUGAGAGUCUCAGGAACACAACAGCCCCAAAAAAGCAACAGUUCUUUAUUUCGUCAAACAGAUUGUCAUAACACCGCUGCAUAGCUGACGCUAAGCCCGUCCCUUCAUUUACACUGGCCCUUUAUCCUGUUAUUCUAUGUGAUAUAUGCACUCUGUGCUACGUGAAUGUGCAUUGGUGUGUGUGUGUGCGUGUGUGUGUCGGUAUCUAAUGCAUGUGUACUCUCUUCUGGCUUGGUACUGAGCUUUUUUUCUGGAUCUGUCAGAGCUUUUUUGGUGUUUGCAGUGGGCUUGAGAAUAAGCCACUGUGCUCUCCUGUUCGUGAGUGUCUGGAAGUUUAUUUCCAGGCUUUUUUAAAUGUAUUUGUGUUCCUUUCAACGGUCAGCCACCUAUUGCUUUCGUCUAAUUUGGUUUGAAUUUAAAGACCUCCUCCCUUCAAAACAGUGUGAAUAUUGGAUCAAGUAAACUUGGUGUAUCUACAACACUCCAAAAUCCCUGACAACCUAUGGAGGGCACAUGCUUUGUCUUAUAACCUGCUCUGACAGUUCACAAUUGACCAUCCAUUCAUCCACAUUUUUAGCUCUGAUGCUUUUUGCUGACUUGCCAUGUUGGACCGAUUUCAGAGACUAAUGUAGCAUUGCAUGCUGGUUAACACUCCCUUUCAUGCUGUUCUCUUGGGCCUGCACUUUGCCUGGGAGUUUUUAUUAUUUUGUAUUUUUAAUCAGACUGUGCUGGUGAAAAACUGAUUGUAGUUGUGAAGUGUUUGGCUUGGGGACUGUACAAUCACUAAGAAACUGACUUUGUAACGUUUGGGACUUAAGAUGGAGCUAUGUGAAAUGGAAGCGUUUAAAAAACUUUGAAGAUGCUCUUUGAUUAUUCAUUUCCUUUUGCAUUUCGAUGUACAGUUAAAAAUAGACAAAUAAAUAUGCAGACAGCACUGUGACAGUCAACCUUAAAAUUGACCCCUGAACUGUGAACUCACAACUGUCUGUCUUACUCUUUGGCUUCAAAUGUCUCACUUAUAUCAACAAGGUUAUACGCAACCUUUUCAACUAUGGGAAGCUUAAAUAUACUUUUAUUGCAAGUACAUGUUACCGAUGCCAUAUUCCAUUGUUCACAUGUAUGUUUUCACAGUCACCUUUAUUUUACUUUAUUUAUUAUGAAAGAGCCCAAACAUACACAAUCUCUUUAAAGUAUAGUCUACUAAAGCAAUAAUAUCACUUCCUGAAACAGUUGGGAUACAAUUUCUGGUGCGUGUGUGUGUGCGUGCGUGUGUGUUUGUCUAUGAGCACUUGUGUGUUCCGUAUAUACUCUAUUUAUUAACCCAACAUUUUAGUAGCAUUUGUAUAAUGUAUAAUGUUAUAAAAGCAUGCAUGAGGAUCUCACAAAUGUCCCAGUAUGCAAUCAUGUGAUCUUGUGUACAUACCAACUAAAGUUCACUGUACUGACACUUCAUACCGAUGUGUGUACAAGAUAUCGGUGUUCAACUUUAAUGGGCAAGGCAUCAUUGUAUGAUCUAUGAAUGGCAAGUCAAUGGCAAGCAUAAUAAAAAAAAAGGGACAGUGUUCAGCAUUUAAUUAGAGCACAGUAGCUUACAUAACCAUGAGCACACAGUGAUUUCAGGUCACACAUUCAUAUAAUUUAAGUUGAGGGAUGUAAAUGAAUGAUUAAAUGAAUGAAUGAACGAACAAAUGAAUGAAUGAAUGAAUUAAUUUUAACUUGUUUUCUAAAUCCCAAAACAAAAAUAGUUAACUAAGGAAUGCAUGGACAAUUGGAUAAAUUACAAUGAUUGUACUUUGUAUUUAAAAUUUUUGAAUUGGAUCCCUUUUUUUUUCUGGGGUUCAAUUCAGCUGUGUGCUUUGUGAAUUUGCACACGUCCCUUCUCACCAACAGUCAUCAAAAAACUUAUCAGUUCUGCCUCAUACUGUAUAUUAUGUUUUACUGUUCACUCAGGUUUGUGUUGACAAAUGAUUUCUCUUCCAUGUUUAAUGGUGAAUCCUAUGUCCACUAUCAGGAGUAUAAGGAUUGUCAGUGAGGGGUGCUGGGAUGUGGGAAAGGGGUGCGGGUGACCUCAGCAUGCAGGACAUGGAUUCUUGUUGAAUACCUUAUCGCUGCUGUAACAGUUGUCAAUGACCUGUAUUAUUUUAGUUUCUGAAAAUAAAGCCGGGGGAAAGGGAGAAAUAUGUUUUUUAUUUAUUUAUUAAUUUAUUUGUUUAUGUAUUUAUCUUGAAGAGAACAAAAUGAUUUAACCUUGCAAUUGUUAUGUAUUAAAAAUUGUUUAUUUAAAACUGUUGCAAAAAUGUAGACUUCACCUAUACUUGUUUAGAAUUGAUAAAUGACAGUAUAAACGCAAUAUCAUGUUACUCUGUACUAAGGAAUGCAUCUGUGCACAUGCACAGAAAAUAUGUUUUUAAUAAAGAAUAUAUGUAUAAAUAUAAUAUGACAAAAUAUAUUUAAUUAGAAUGCUAUGCACCCUUAUUAGAGUCAUUAUGGAUGUACUUUAACAUAUUAGUUAGAAUCCAGUAAUACCAACAUGCCCACAUCAUGGGGAAUGUAGAUGCUUUGUAGCUAUUUAAACAUGUUUUAAUUAAGUUAUUUUUUAUUUUAUAAUUUUUUUUUGUAUUGCAACGGAGAAAGGAGAUACGAACAUUGAAUAUGUAUACAAGCCUUUUAUUCAGAUUAUUUCUGACAUGAAUAUAUGUAUAGACCAUUUACCCUGUACACCAGCUCAGAUUAUUUACAAAAAUUAAUAAAGAAAGAUGUGACAU